AGCGCCGAGGCGCCUCCUCUGGCAGCGGGACCCCGGGCAGUCCCGCUUUCGCGCCAUGAGCCAGAGCCCCGCGUUCGGGCCCCGCAGGGGCGGCAGUCCCUUGGUGGUGGCCGGGGCCGGCGCGCGGCGCAACGACAGCCAGGACUACCUGCUCAUGGACUCGGAGCUGGGCGACGAGGGCGGCCCGCAGCCCCCUUACGGCUACUACCCCUGCUUCCGGGGCACCGACAACAGACUGGCCCACCGGCGGCAGACAAUUCUCCGUGAGAAGGGGAGAAGGUUAGCGAACCGAGGGCCAGCUUACAUGUUUAGUGACCGCUCAACAAGCCUAUCUAUUGAGGAGGAACGCUUUUUAGAUGCAGCUGAAUAUGGCAACAUUCCAGUGGUGAGGAAGAUGCUAGAAGAAUGCCUCUCACUCAACGUGAACUGUGUGGAUUACAUGGGCCAGAAUGCCCUGCAGUUGGCCGUGGCCAAUGAGCAUCUGGAAAUCACAGAACUUCUCCUCAAGAAAGAAAACCUGUCUCGAGUUGGAGAUGCCUUGCUUCUAGCCAUUAGUAAAGGUUAUGUUCGGAUUGUGGAAGCAAUUCUCAAUCACCCAGCUUUUGCUGAAGGAAAGAGAUUAGCCACUAGCCCCAGUCAGUCUGAACUCCAGCAGGAUGAUUUUUAUGCUUAUGAUGAAGAUGGGACACGGUUCUCCCAUGAUGUGACUCCAAUCAUCCUGGCUGCCCAUUGCCAGGAAUAUGAGAUUGUACACACGCUCCUCAGAAAGGGAGCACGGAUUGAGCGUCCUCACGACUAUUUCUGCAAGUGCAGUGAAUGCAACCAGAAGCAGAAGCAUGAUUCCUUUAGCCACUCGAGAUCUAGGAUUAAUGCCUACAAAGGCCUGGCAAGUCCAGCCUAUCUGUCAUUGUCCAGUGAAGAUCCGGUCAUGGUAGCCUUACAACUUAGCAAUGAGCUGGCAGUGCUGGCCAACAUUGAGAAAGAGUUCAAGAACGACUACAGGAAACUGUCCAUGCAGUGCAAAGACUUCGUCGUGGGCUUGCUUGAUCUGUGCAGAAACACCGAGGAAGUUGAAGCUGUUCUGAACGGAGAUGUGGAGACGCGCCAUCCCUGCGGAGACCACGGCCGUCCAAACCUCAGCCGCCUAAAACUUGCCAUUAAAUAUGAAGUGAAAAAAUUUGUAGCGCAUCCAAACUGCCAACAGCAGCUUCUCUCCAUAUGGUAUGAGAAUCUUUCUGGUUUGCGGCAGCAGACCAUGGCCGUCAAGUUUCUUGUGGUCCUCGCCGUUGCCAUCGGACUGCCCUUCUUGGCCAUCAUUUACUGGUUUGCUCCAUGCAGCAAGAUGGGGAAGAUAAUGCGUGGCCCAUUCAUGAAGUUUGUAGCACACGCUGCCUCCUUCACCAUUUUUCUGGGACUGCUGGUCAUGAAUGCAGCUGACAGAUUUGAAGGCACCAAACUGCUUCCUAAUGAAACCAGCACAGAUAAUGCCAAACAGCUGUUUAGAAUGAAAACAUCCUGCUUCUCAUGGAUGGAGAUGCUCAUUAUAUCCUGGGUGAUAGGAAUGAUAUGGGCUGAAUGCAAAGAAAUCUGGACUCAAGGCCCCAAGGAAUACUUAUUUGAAUUGUGGAACAUGCUUGAUUUUGGCAUGUUAGCAAUCUUUGCAGCAUCUUUCAUUGCAAGAUUCAUGGCAUUUUGGCAUGCUUCUAAAGCCCAGAGCAUCAUUGAUGCAAAUGACACUUUGAAGGACUUGACAAAAGUUACACUGGGAGACAAUGUGAAGUACUAUAAUCUGGCCAGGAUAAAGUGGGACCCCUCUGAUCCUCAAAUUAUAUCUGAAGGUCUUUAUGCAAUUGCUGUGGUUUUAAGUUUCUCCAGGAUAGCUUAUAUUUUACCAGCAAAUGAAAGCUUUGGGCCUCUACAAAUAUCACUUGGAAGAACAGUGAAAGACAUCUUCAAGUUCAUGGUGAUAUUUAUCAUGGUGUUUGUGGCCUUUAUGAUUGGAAUGUUCAAUCUCUACUCCUACUACCGUGGUGCAAAGCAAAAUGAAGCCUUCACAACAGUUGAGGAGAGUUUUAAGACACUGUUCUGGGCGAUAUUUGGACUUUCUGAAGUGAAAUCAGUGGUCAUCAACUAUAAUCACAAAUUUAUUGAAAACAUUGGUUAUGUACUUUAUGGAGUCUAUAAUGUUACAAUGGUCAUUGUUUUGCUAAAUAUGUUAAUUGCAAUGAUCAACAGUUCUUUCCAGGAAAUUGAGGAUGAUGCGGACGUGGAGUGGAAAUUUGCAAGGGCCAAACUCUGGUUUUCCUAUUUUGAGGAAGGAAGAACAUUACCUGUUCCCUUCAACCUGAUGCCAAGUCCAAAGUCCCUGUUUUAUCUCUUACUGAAGCUUAAACAAUGGAUUUCUGAACUAUUUCAAGAUCAUAAAAAAGGUUUCCAGGAGGAUGCAGAAAUGAACAAGAGAAAUGAAGAGAAGAAAUUUGGAAUUUUAGGAAGUCAUGAAGAUCUCCCAAAAUUGUCACUUGACAAAAAACAGCUUGGACACAGUAAGCAAUCUAGUAUAAGAAGCUCAGAAGAUUUCCAUUUAAAUAGUUUCAAUAAUCCUCCCAGAAAAUAUCAGAAAAUAAUGAAGAGGCUCAUCAAAAGAUAUGUGCUGAAAGCCCAGGUUGAUAAGGAGAGUGAUGAAGUGAAUGAAGGAGAACUGAAGGAAAUUAAACAGGACAUCUCAAGUCUGCGCUAUGAACUCCUUGAAGAAAAAUCUCAGAAUACUGAAGACUUAGCAGAACUUAUUCGAAAACUUGGAGAGAAAUUAUCUGUGGAACCAAAUCAAGAAGAAAGCAGCAGAUAAUGCAGAGACUUCUUUAGAAAAUCAUAUUUAUUUCUCCACUUGAAACUAUAUUAUUUUCCAAUUUAUUUUUUUAACUACCAAUCUUCCUGCCUUUAACAAGAAACAAUUGAGAUGACUCGGGUCAUUUGAUUAUAACAAACCCUGAUAUUUCUGUUUUUGUUUGUGAUUAAAUUUCUUUGUUCAGGUGAGAGUUUGUAGAUUAUGAUGAAAAUUAUGGCCAGUCAUAUGGUGCUUGUUUUCUAAAUUGCUUU